GGGAGGGGCGAGCGCUGCUGCAGGUCUGUUCACAGGGCUAACUAACUCCAUCAACAAGCUAGUUAGCAGUGAACGAUACGAUAACGUUGUCGGUGAUGUUCCAGCAACAAGAGGACAUGGACUAGCUAACUGAGAGUAAAUCCAGUGCCUUGACAAUCACUAUCAAUCUGAGGACCAUUUCAGGUGGUUAUAAUUAGCUGCUUCAUUCAUGUCUCAGUUGCACAGAGGAGUUUGAGGUCUUAAGUGGCGGGCAAGCUCAGUCAUCAGCUCGCUGGGAUAACACGGCUCACUAACCGAGAAGGAGCAUGGUGGUCCCGGACAGUGCCAGCGUGGUCCCCCAGCCUGGCAGCGGCAGUCCCACUGGCCUCAUGGAGAGCUCCAAGCCCGAGUGCGAAGAAGAAGAAGUGGAGGGGGGUCAAGACCUGGCAGGGGUGGAGCUGGAGGAGGUCCGAAAGUUGCAGGAGCUUGUUCGUAGGUUGGAGGUCCAGAAUGAGACCCUACGCAACAGGGGGAGCAAGAAGGCUGUCAUCCACAGAGGAGCCAGCAGCAACAGAAAUCUCUCAGCCGCUGUCAAUAUCAAUGAGAGGCUGUCUUGUGAAGAGGUGACCAACUCCCAACUCAGACUGGAGAACAGUAGCAAGCUGGGCCACGCAGACUUUGAACUCUCUCCCCCUCAGGACAACAGCAGCGGUGAAGAGAUGUCCCCACUGCCCGUGACCAACAGGUUGGAGGAAGGGGAUGAAGAGGAGGAAAUAGAAGAGGAAGAACAGGGUCCAUCCGGGGGCUUUCUCACCUUGACCUACAGCAACGGAGGGGGGCAGUCCCGGGGGCAAAGCCAGACGCCGGAGAGCCCCUCUCAAGAAAGUUAUGAGUCUGAAACACUUGCAGAAAGUGACUCAGGGUUGGACCAAACUGCACUGGAUGAAGUGGAUGUCCUAGAUUUGGAGGAUGAGUGUGCGGAAGUAGAGGACGAGGACAGUUGGUUGUAUGUGUCUCCAAAAAAGCAAGUAGCAGAUCCAGGCCCCGAGUCUCCAUUGAAGUGGUGUCGGCAGGCUCUUGACCAACGCAGCCCAGAGACAGAAAUUGCUUGUCGGACCCUAAUCAGCCGUUUGGACCAGACGUCUCGAUGGAGGAACAUGUACAGUAGCCCAUCAGCAGAUGCAGGCUCAGCAGGCUCAGGCCUGAUCUCUCCUGGGUACCACAAAUCAAAUAACAAAUCCCUACUAACCUGUGGCACUUCAGGUGUCACAAGCAUGCAGUCAGCUCUGAGCUCACAGUCCUCCAUAGACAGUGAGCUCAGCACCUCUGAUGACUCCAUCUCUAUGGGCUAUAAGCUGCAGGAUCUCACUGAUGUCCAGAUCAUGGCUCGCCUACAGGAAGAGAGUCUGAGGCAAGAUUAUGCUUCAAGCUCAGCGUCUGCAUCGCGUCGCAGCUCCACAGCCUCUCUGCAGUCCCUGCGCCGGGGUGGCACCUACAGUGAUCAGGAAUUUGACAGUUACAGCUUGGAGGAUGAAGAGGAUGAGUUCUGCUCCAUGCCCCAGCGAAGACAUCGCUUCACCCCCUCACCCUUAGGCUCACCCCGGUGCCUGUCUCCCUCCACCUCCAGCUACGGUCAGGAAUACAGCAGCCGGCCCGGGGCCCCGCGCACAAGAACACCCAGACGGUCACUCCAGGGCCCAAGUGCAGAACUUCUAAAAUUUGCUAAGAGUGAAGAGGAGUUGAGGCACAGCAUGCCCAAUCUGGCCCCUCGCACAAGCCUACGUUCCUUGGAGGCAGUCAGAAACAGCCGCAGCAUGGAGGCUAACCUCCAGAGCUCUGGCAAUCGCAUGUCCCACCUGACUCACUCCCCCUCCACAGGCAUGGCUAGUAGUCGGCUGCGUAGCAGCUGCCAGUCACCUCUCUCCCUGAGGGCUCCGGUUAAAGCUGUCACUCCCAUUGGCUCCAUGGCACCUGGUCGUCAGUCCUCUAGAGGUCUGCCUGUUGUCCAAGCGCCGCCUGCAGGAGGGGGUCGCAGGGUCCAGUCGCCAGGCUCUGCCAAUGGAGGAGCUUAUAUACCCGGGAGAGCCUCCACUGGAGUGGGAAGACCUGGUAUGGGCCGGGGACAGGCUGUGCCAUCAGCAUCCACCAGGAGUAAACUUUCACAGCCCACCAGGAGGUCUUUGGGCAUGACUAAAAUCACAGAUGAAUCCUGGAAAGAUGGCUGUUACUGAGGCUGGCCGGUGAUGAAGGAUGUUCACUGCUGCAACCCUCACCUGAUCUCCCCCCUUUAUUUCUCUUAGUACAAACAAGACAGCCACUGUGUCCACAAAUGUGUCGUACAACCUUUCAGUCUCCCGUUUCAGACUGUGGUGCUGGGCUGCACUGGAUUCGUAGUUAAGACUCAUCUCUUUCCUUCGCAUGAAACAUUGUCAACCCACACGAAGAGGAUGUGUAGGCAGACAACAAGGCACACAUGCACACUCAGUUUGUGAUAUGGACCAACUCAGAGCUUCCAGAAGAUUUGUUUGUCAGUUUUACUUAUUUUUCUAUAGUAAUUAUGAGAAACUGCUGGAAUAUUAAGGGUUGUAUUACUGUUCUACUGAUGUAAUUGAUAUGAAGACAGUUUAAAUGAAGAUAUUGCUCGUUUGUUUAUUUUUUGUUAAUUCCUACUAGAUGAAGGUUUUGAGUGUUGCAUGCUUCAUGUUGUUUUUCUUUAUCCUUCCAUCCCUACACCGUUUCCACCAUUACAUAACUGGAAUAUGACUAAUCUUCCAUGUGUUCCAUAAUGUGUGUGAAUGCUUGAUUGGUUCAUUGUGAAAUUGUCAUGGGAUUUGUGUUGUAUUUAUGUUUUGCUCUUUGAAUCAAGCAACAAUGCAAAACUCCUGUAAACCACACUGCCCUUUUAAAUUAUAUAUAUAUAUAUAAAAAACAAAACAAAAAACAUGGUUUGUGCCAAGGUGCAUUUCAGCUGCAACACUCUUUCUAAUAUAAGUAAUCUUGAUUCAUUUAAGGUACUGUGCUUUCCAGGCAUUUUUAUUGCAUAUCCAGAGCUGGUUUGGAGUGUUUGCUUUGGAUACCACUGUAAUGAAAUGUUUAUGCACGAAGGCCGUGUGCCUUAGACAGCUAUGCACCCUCAUGCAGAGUGCCUCUGAAAAUUUGGAGUUGUUAGUAAAAAUGGAUAAUAAAGUUUACCCUGAAACUACAA